UAGGACGUACGUUUUGUUUGCGGAGCGCGCCAAACAGGGCCAUCAACAGUAGUAAUCGCAGUGGCUUAAACUCUGGAACCCUUUUGCUCAGCUUGGCGUAAUAUUCACGCUUGGUAGGAUACAUGGCUUCUACAAGUAAAGCGCCGCUACAGACCAGAAAUUUACCAUGGGUUGAAAAAUACAGACCACAGACACUUGAUGAUCUGAUUUCACACAAAGAUAUUCUGAGCACUAUCCAAAGGUUUAUCAGUGAGGACAAGCUUCCACACCUUUUGUUCUAUGGCCCACCUGGAACAGGAAAAACCUCAACCAUACUCGCUUGUGCCAGGCAGCUGUACAAAGAGAAGGAGUUCAACUCUAUGGUGUUGGAGCUCAAUGCAUCUGAUGACAGAGGUAUUGAUGUAGUACGAGGUCCCAUUCUGAGUUUUGCCAGCACCAGGACCAUCUUCAAGAAGGGCUUCAAGUUGGUGAUACUGGACGAGGCCGAUGCCAUGACCCAGGAUGCCCAGAAUGCAUUGCGUCGAGUCAUUGAGAAGUUCACAGAAAACACUCGAUUCUGUCUCAUUUGCAACUACCUUUCCAAGAUCAUCCCCGCCCUGCAAUCUCGCUGCACCAGGUUCCGCUUUGGUCCGCUUUCGCCAGACCAGAUGAUCCCUCGGUUGGAGCACGUUAUCCAGCAGGAGAAUAUUGACAUCACGCCAGAUGGAAUGAAGGCUAUUGUGACCUUAUCAACGGGUGACAUGAGAAGAUCGCUCAACAUACUGCAGAGCACCAGUAUGGCCUAUGGGAAUGUCACAGAAGACACAGUGUACACCUGCACAGGGCACCCCCUCCGCUCAGAUAUAGCCAACAUCCUCGACUGGUGCCUCAACAAAGACUUUACCUCAGCGUACAACCAAAUCCUUGAGCUGAAGACUCUGAAAGGUUUGGCUUUGCAUGAUAUUCUCACUGAGGUUCAUCUGCUUGUACACAGAGUGGAUUUUCCUCCCGCUAUUCGGAUUAGUCUGCUCAUCAAGUUGGCCGACGUAGAACAUCGGCUUGCAUCGGGAACCAGCGAGAAGAUCCAGCUGAGCUCCAUGGUUGCAGCUUUCCAGGCAGUGAGAGAGCUCGUGGUCAGCGAAGCACCUUAGAUACAGUAAUGCAACGAUAGUCUUUUUCCACAGUGGGGGGUGGGGGGCAUCAGGAUAAAAAGGAUAACCAGUUAUUUGUUUAUUUGGGAAGAAAACUGUGUCCAGUGCAUAAUUGCCCACCACACUGAACCUGCUGUACAGUGUAAAAGAUGUCUGGAACAAUGCUAGCAGCUAUCUGACUCACUCACAUCUGCAUACAGAACCAAGAUGGAAGUCGAUCAGCACAGUGAAAAAAACAAAACAAAAGAUCCUUUUGGCACUUUUGGUUAAAAGGUGGACUUGAAAAAUCCUAUUUUCAGUUUAGUAUCACUGCAACCAGGUAAUCAGUUCAUUCUUGUCCAAAAAAAAGUCAUUGAACAUGUGUAUGUUUUAAUCAGUUUAAUAAAACCCUUUCUUAUAAGUCCA